GCCCGUCUCUCGUUCCUUGUGUUCUCCUACUUCGCUUUAAUAUCUGAGGACUGUGCGAAAGCUCCGUGAAGAAAACAUUGCCACACAUGACGGGAAAGUCCAAAUGACUGCAGCAUGCCCAUCUCUUCUUCUUCUUAUCCUCCUCCACUGACUUCCUUUCUCCCUUGGCCGUAAGUAUGAUCUCAAAUAUCACAGGCGUCAACUAGCAUCUCUCUCUCUCUCUUUCUCAUUCCCUUACCUUCCUCGCUGAUCAAUGGGUGACACUGGAGAUGUUCAGCUUCACGUCAGAGUGGAAGGAGAUCAAGGAUCAGCAGGACCAACAAAAGACUCGAUUCCCAGUAAUGAGACACCACCACCACCUUCGAAGCUCAGACACUGGCGAUGGUGGCUCAUGGUGGCCCUUAACAUCUGCUUCCUCCUCGCCGGCCAAACCGUGGGCGUGCUGCUGGGAAGGCUCUACUACAACGAAGGUGGCAACAGCAAAUGGAUGGCCACCGUCGUUCAAUCCGCCGGCUUCCCGGUUCUCUUCAUUCCUUUACUCCUCUACCCCUCUCCGCCUGCUUCCACCGCCACCGUCGCCCGGCCCUCCAUCGUCAAGGUUGCCGUCAUAUGCAUCUGCUUGGGUCUCAUCAUUGCAGGAGACAACCUGAUGUACUCCUACGGCCUCCUGUACCUGCCUGUGUCAACCUACUCGCUCGUCUGCGCUACUCAGCUGGCUUUCAACGUGGUCUUCGCCUACUUCAUAAACUCCCAGAAGUUCACCUCCCCGAUCCUCAACUCCGUCGUGCUCCUGUCCUUCUCCGCGGCCCUCUUGGGAUCCCAAUCCGAUUCCGAGGACUCCGCCAACGUCCCCAAGGGGAAGUACCCGCUGGGGUUCGUGCUGACGCUUGGCGCGUCCGCGACGUACUCGCUCGCCCUCUGCCUGUUGCAGCUCGCCUUCCAAAAGGUCCUCAAGACGGAGACCUUCUCGGUGGUGCUGUGGAUACAGAUAUGCACGUCGUUCGUGGCGACCAUCGCCUCCGUGGUCGGGCUGUUCGCCAGCGGGGAGUCGUCGGGGCUGCAUGGGGAGAUGGAGGUGUACGGGAAGGGGAAGGUGUCCUACCUGAUGACGCUGGUUUGGACGGCGGUGGCGUGGCAGGUGUCCUCCGUUGGGGUGGUGGGCUUGGUGUUUGUGGUGUCCUCUCUCUUCUCCAACGCGGUGAGCACCCUGGCUCUGCCGCUGGUGCCCAUAUUUGCUGUGGUGUUCUUCCAUGAUAAGAUGGAGGGAGUGAAGAUUAUAGCCAUGCUGAUCGCGAUCUGGGGCUUUGUUUCUUACAUUUACCACCACUAUCUUGACGACAAGAAGACCAAGAAGGCCAUUGCAAUCGAUGCCGAGUAGAAAAAUAUGGUGCUCUGAAACCGUAUCAAACUCAUGAAGCUGCAAACCAUCGACACAGCCAAUGCUCUCUGCUUUUCUCGUCUCUGUUCCAAAUUUGGUUAGCUUUUCCUGUCUGUUCUUGUUUCCCUGGAAAAAGGAUGAAAUUGUAUGUCUACUCCACAAGGCAUUCAUUGUUCAUCAAUCAGAAAUUUAAUACAGUUGACUACAACUGUGUGAUUCA